AUGGUGGUGAACGUGAUCGUUUGCCUAUUUGGAGCGUUGAUCUCGCUCGACUAUGUGCGAACGAAACCGCUCACCGCCCGAACCGCUCACAUUCCACAGACGAUCAUUUUGACUGGGCAAGACGAGCCGCCGCUUCAACUGACAAUGGUGGUCCCGAAAGAAGCGCUGAUAGCCGAAGAGCUGCAAGAAAUCCUUGAACAACCCACAAAUCAGGAUGCCUCUCCACAAUACUCUGGUCACCUAGUCGCUUUGCGGCCCGACUACAACUUGUGGAAUAUGGUGAACGUGUUGAGGAAUGUUUUCGAUGGACGAGGAGGUCGCGCGAAGAAGCGAUGGCUUCAA